UCUUACAUAUCUGUUAUUUUAUUUAAUUAUUUUAAAUGUAAUGUCAAUGAAUUGUUAUGUAUGUGUAUUUUAAUUGCCUUUUAACAUUUGACAUGAAACAAUAAACAAGAAAAGGAGGAUAAAAGUGCCACAGAUGAUUUAAUUAAAUAAUAUUAUCUUCAUAUGAACACUCCCCCGAAGAGUUAAUGAAUCUACGCCAAUUGUUAUUAAAGCUAAAAUAUAAUAUUAUCUACGAAAAUGUCCAAGAACGUCGUUUUAUAUGAAAAAAAUAUCGACAAUUUGUUGAACCUUUUGGAAAAUUCCAUGGACCGUAUAAUAACCUCUCAAGAUGUUUGGAAAAAGAAGGUUCUCAUAGUUGCUAAAGAUGCGGAUGUCUCUGUUCCAUAUGGUCAAGAUAGAUUGUUGGCAAUGUUGCAACGUUACAUCCAAGUUUUAACAGCAGACUCCAACGAUUACAAUUAUAAUUUGAAGCUUCUUUCGAAUAUUGCUGUAAACACUACUGUUACCAGAAUUCAACCAGAUCAUCAAGUACAAGGACAAGGGUAUCAAAUUAGUCCUAAGACAAAAAGAAAUGUAAGAAUCUUACGAAAACCAAAUCAUACUCAAAUAACCUCCACUGAAAUACAGUGUAGAAAUUACACUGAAUUGGAUAGUGACUCGGGCAUUUCAAAACGAACAAUAUCUACAAGUGAGGAAGAGGAAUAUUGGCUACCAAGUAAAAAACUAUGUAUGGUAACCUCAAAGAUUAUGCAAAACAGGACUGCUUUAAAUAAUAUCAACAUGAUUGAUGGUUAUGUUACGAUCGGUUCUUCGGGAACCAAAGUCAGUCUUCUUGACUAUUAUGGAAUUAAGUGGGACUGCACAACCAAAGCAACCAGAGGUUUGAUGGAUGUUCUUUUCACCAAGUCAGUAAUGGCAACUUCCUCGUUAACUGGUAAGCUUAGUCCAGCCUUCAGGGAUAGAAAACGGAAGAAGCAAUUGGAUCCUGUUAUUGUCAACGAUAUAAUCGAAUGUAUAUUGAGGAAAUUCGAAAACGUUGCUAAUAAAAAAUUGGUGCGGCAGAUUAUCACUUCCAAGUGUGCAGAUGAGUGUAAAUUGUGGAAGAAAACUUUUAUAAAAAUAAAGGGUAGUAUUCCUAACGACGAGCUUUAAAUAUUAAUAUACUAAAUUAAUAAGUUGCUAUUUUCUAUGGUGUGUCAGGAAUUAUUAGAAGGUUGUUGUAAUAGUUAAAUUCAACCACAUAAACACAACUAUUCACAUUACGAUAUUGUGUUUUUCAUAUAUAAGUAUAGCCACCAUCAAUAUAGAAUAUUCUAAAUACACCUGGGUGAAAUAUGCAAUGGAAAACCCAAACGUAAUGUAUCAAAGUUAUGUUUGCAUGUUGUUUGUUGAAGUUAGGCAGAUUUUCUGGGACACCUGCCAAAAAUUAUUUGUUACUUUUAUAUGUUCAAUUCUUGUUUCAAAAUUUCUUCAUGUCCAUCAGUCGUUGCAAGUUAAAAAACAAAAAUAUAUUUUUGUAUUUGCAUUUAAGAUAUUUGAUUAUUAAUCUUGAGAAAAUCUACAAAAGUUUUGUAAAUGGCUAUUGUAUAAAAACCUAAAUCACAUUGAUAUUUCCAAGAAUUGAUUUUCCUUGACUGACUGUCGAGGGUUUUGGUAGAUUUUAAUAUAAAUCUAUUAAAGUGAAGUUUAUUAAUAUCACAUAUCAUUUAAAAUAAUUUAAAAUAGAGAACAGAUAAUAAAAUUAACAAAAAUUGAAACAUAAUUUAACAUUUCUUGAUUAUGUUAACAAUAUAAUAAUAAUAUUGUCCUUUAUAUACAAUUAGCCUCCAAAACUAGUUCAAACUUUUUAUAACGAUUAUAACACUUAUAAAAAAUGCAAAAUUUGCAAAUGUUUUAAUAAAUUUGCAAUAUUAAUUGUAUUAUUGUAUGUAAUGUAUCGAUUUGUAAUUAGGAGGUUGCUGAGUAUUUGUUUUCACCCAUAUAAACAUAACUAUUUACAUUAUAAUAUUGUAAUGUAGAAUAUUUUAAGUAGUUAGUUAUUUUAAAAAAUUAGAAUUUUAAGUUGUUUUAAUAAUAUUGUCAUAAUAAUCCAUUAAAAUAAGAGAAAAUUAUACUUCCCAUCAUAUUCUCAUUCAUAAUUAUAAAGAAUAGAGUUUUAAUUAAGGCAAUAUUGAUCAGUUAUAGAACAAUUUAUUUUAUCAGAUGUAAUUGGUCUAUCUGAACCACAACAUUAGUUAAAAUAAGUAGAGAUAUUAUUUUAUUGUAAUAACUUUUAAUUAUAUGUAUAAUUAUAACAACUUUUUAGUAUUAUA